GUGCCAUUGAUGAUCUGACAAAAUCUUAUAAUGAAAGACUAAAUAUGGAUGAAGAUAUUAAUAAUGAGCCAGAUUUGGAAAUUAAUUUGCAAUCAGAAGAUAGUGAUAUGGAUGCUGCUAACAUUUUAAAUAUAGAUGGAGAGAUUGAUAGAAGCUUAAAAGAAAAAAUAUCAG